AUGGUGAAACCGGUGCGUAAGUCGUCGAACAAGAAUCCGCCGAUUUUCAGUCACGAAUUCGUGAUACAAAAUCACGCGGACAUCGUUUCUUGCGUGGCGAUGGUGUUCGUGGUCGGGCUCAUGGUGCAGGCGACGUCCCCGUUGGCGUCGGUCUUCAUCACCUUGCACCACAACGUCACGGGGGAAUCGGGGGACCUCCCGUUGUACUUGCCCGGCUACAAGGACUGGGCGUGCGUCUUUUUCUACAGUCUAAUAUGCGUGAUUAUCCACGCGAUCAUUCAGGAGUACGUCUUGGACAAGGUGUCGAAAAAACUGCACCUGUCCAAGUCCAAGCUCGCCGUCUUCUCCACCAGCGGCCAGCUGACGGCGUUCUACGCGCUGUCCGCGCUCUGGGGCUUGGACAUCGCCUUCAAGGAGCACCUGGUGCCGGACGUCGCUCGCAUAUGGUCCGACUACCCCGUCCUCAUGACGUUCAUGUUCAAGCUCUAUGUGGUGAUCCAGCUCGCAUAUAGCCUUCACGAGUUGCCCGAACUGUACUUUCAGCGGGCGAAACGCGAGGACUACGUCCCCAGGGCGUCGCACAGCCUCGCGGGCCUCGUCCUCGUCGCCGUUCCUUACUUUUUGGGUUUCAACAGGUUGCUGGUGAGUUUGCUGGUGCUACACCACGUGGCGGAGCUGUUCCACCACUUGGCCCAGCUCGUCCAGACGGUCGAUAAGGAGGAGCGCUUCUCGCGCGCCACCGGCUUGGUGUCGAACGCGCUUCAAAUAGUCGCGCGUCUGGGCAGCAUCAUCUUGGCCGUGCUGACCCUCUGGUACGGCCUCGCGUCCAAAGAGAACCAGGAGUUGGACGUGAAAAAGGGCCGCUUCAACACCCCGCCGAUAAGGUUCUCGGUACUCGCAGGCAUCAUCCUACUGCAGAUGUAUCUCAUCUUCAAGGUCAUCAGCAGGGAGCUGACGAGGUCGCGGGAGGCGGGGCCCGCGAUAACCGCGCCCAAGGUCAAGGCCCAGAAGAAGGCGAAGACCAAGAGCAAGAAGCCAGACGAGUCUGACCUGCCCGAGGUCGAUCAGAACACCAACAAGACGCUCAGGAAGCAGAAGGUCAAGUAGGGGUUAGGUUAGAGUUUUUUUUUUUCGACUGUACGGCCUUUUAAAUAUUUUGUAAUAAAGUUUAUAUUUUUUAUAAGAAAAAAUAUAUUUUCCGCUGCGUGGUUCUCUGUCCAUCUGAAACGAAUUUCGGUAAUAAAAUGUAU